CUAAUAUGCAUGUAGUGCUAAUCGUCUCUCUUAUAUGAUUUAAACAAGAUACCGAAAAAGGGAUGAAGCUUACAAAAUAGAAAACACUAUAUAUCCUUAUUCAAAACCCUAAUAUUUAUAUACUAGCUAGGUAAAGCACAAAAGAACAGAUUAAUAAAGCCCCUUCCUUUAUAUUUCUUCUGAUCUCCUAUCUUUUGUUCUUUCUUCUUGCUUAGCUUUAUUUCUUUUUCUGAAACACUCUUUGGGUAUAGUGUGAUAUUCUCCACAAUAAACCUCAUCAACCUUUUACAAAAGAGAAGAAAUAUUGGAGCACUAACAAAAUGGCUUUCUCAUCUAUUCCCAUCUAUCUAGAUCCUCCCAAUUGGCAACAUGAGCAAGGAAAUCACCAACAACAACUUGGAGUCGCAAAUGAGAAUCCCUCUCAGUUAUCACCAGCUAUGCUGCCACCUCCGGCAGCUGGAGGAGAAGGUGGCGGCGCAACUGACUCAAUUAGGCCUGGCUCGAUGACAGAACGAGCCAGGCUAGCAAAAGUAACACAGCCAGAGACGGUCCUAAAAUGUCCACGUUGCGAGUCCACUAAUACAAAAUUUUGUUACUUCAAUAAUUACAGCCUUUCUCAGCCACGUCAUUUCUGCAAGACUUGCCGGAGAUAUUGGACUAGAGGUGGCGCGCUGAGGAACGUCCCCGUCGGAGGGGGAUGCCGGAGGAACAACAAGAGAGGAACUAAAAGAAGUAGAUCAAAAUCCCCAAUUAGAAGCGAAAAAAGAUAUAGUCCAAUUACAAAUGCCACAACCUCUAAUAAUAGUAUCCCCCAUUUGCCUCACCCAACACAUUUGUCAUUCUUGAGUACCCCUAAUUUGCAUAAUUUCAGUGGCUUCACAUCUACUGAAAAUGGCCUCAAUUUUGGAGGAUCUCAACCUCAAGGUGGUACAAGAGAUCAAAUGGAAGUCCAAGCCAGAUUUAUUGACCAAUUUAGAUUUCAACAAAUGCAGCAAUUUCCAUUUUUCUCCACCUUUGAGCAACCUAGUAAUAAUUUAUACCAAUUUGAAGCAGCUACUGAAUACGAUGUGGGAGCUACACAAAAUGUGAAGGUGGAAGAAAGUAAAGGUACUAAUAGCCAAGGGCUAAAUUUACCAAGAAACAAUUUGGGGGUCACAAAUAAUCAGUUUUGGACAAAUAUCUCUGGUUAUACUUCUACUUCCACUAGCCAGCUAUUGUGAUUUUCUUAUGCCAUCUUCAGAGAAAACCCCAUCAAGAUUGACCUAUAUUUUUUUCCGAUAAUGGUCGACUUGUGUGCACGACUAUUUUGAGUAUCGAUUUGCUGUUUUCCACCAGCACAGUACUGAGCAAGCUUGAGCUUUUCGAUCGUUUAACUACAACAGGUUCUACCCCUAUUUAAUUAUAGUGAAGAUAUUGAAUUAUGAAGCAGCUUUCUUGAAUUUCAAUCUAGUAAUAUGGAGUUCGAUCGUUUAAAGAGGAUUCUCACCUGCUAGAAAACUUAGUAAUAUGGUAGGCUUUGAUUUCAUUAUUUCUCAAUUUUUUUGUUCUUUAUGUACUGUGCGGAUGUUUUUAGAUCAAGUGUAAGUUUUUUUAUUAUCCAUUCAUGGGGUUUAAACAUUAUCUAACAUGACGGGGCUGCUUGGUUAUUAUAAGAGAUGAAAUCUAAUAUGCACAGUACUUAGUGACUGGUUAUAUA